CUCCAACCCCCACAAAUGAAGCCAUCAGUUAAGGUAUAAUGGUGGAAUUAAAUUAUCAAAUUCGAUCUCUCUUCCUCUGCAACCAUGGGACUUUGAAGUUGACCAGUUAUCUAGUUCAAUGCAAAAUCCCUCUUGAUUGACGCAAAAGCUUCACAUAUAUUCCAGGACUCCCUAAAUAGAGCAAAGCCAAUGGUAUCUCUCCUUCCAAGCAAUGAAGAAAGUCUGCUUUGGAACAAAGUUUCAAGCCACCAACCCUUUUUCUUUCAUUUGAGUGGCCCCCAAGCCUUCCUUCUCCCUGCGCGGCGGUUCCGGCGACCACCAUGGCCAAGAACCACCACUGGCUUCCACUAAUCUUGUCUCUUAUCACAGCCCUUGGAUUGGCCGCCUCCUCAUUGUGCAUCGUCUCUGAAUUCAAGAGAACAAAGAGGAAGGAUCUGAAGCUGGACGGCAAGCUGUGUCAUCUUCCCGGAAGCCAUGCAUUUGGGUUUGGGAUUGCAGCGUUAAUCUGCCUGUUCGCCGCGCAGGUUGCCGGAAACUUCAUAGUCUGCAGAAACUCAUGCUCAGGGGAGAAGAGAACAAGAUGCAAGGCUAGAAAACCAGCUCUUUCCACCAUUUUUCUGUUGCUUUCAUGGAUCAGCUUUGGAAUUGCAGCCAUAUUGUUAAGUGUGGCCUCAAGCAUGAACAGAAGGCAGCCUUAUGGGAAGGGAUGGCUAGAUGGGGACUGCUAUGUAGUCAAAGAUGGGGUAUAUAUUGGGGCAGCCACGCUAGCUCUGGUCUGUGUGGCUUCAGCACUUGCCUCAGCUGUCAUAUCAAUUAGGAAGAGCCAAACUGAGCAAGGCCAGAAGAUUCAUGCACAAGUUUGAUCAAGAAAUUGGGUUAAAGAGAAGAUAGAUAGACAAGUAUUAUCACAGAAAGAGAGCAAUUCAAGAGGGUAAGGAAGGGAAAUCACCGUAAAUCAAGGGGACCCACAAGAGAAAAAAGCCACAGGCUAAUGAAAUCAGCAGAAGAAUAGAAAGUUGCAAGUGUUCCAAUAUGACGUUGACUUGAGGGAUAGAAGAUGAGAGAAUUAUUCUUGCCCACUUGGGCUUAUAGUCCUUUCUAUGGUGUCAAAUGGGAGGACUAAUAAUUCUAAGCAACCCACCACUCAGAAGGGUGGCUUGUUUUGCAUGUAUUCCUUUUGUGUUUGGAAAUUGUAGAGGAUAGGGCCUGCGAUGUGGGUCCCAUUGGUUUAGAUUUAGCUUUCUGUUCCAGUCCUAUUGUAGUCUAAAUACAUGAUGGCAUAUAUAGCUGUCGAGCCCGAUUAGAAAAUGGUC